ACGCUUGACCUUGGCUUUUCUUCUUCACUUGGUUUUCUAACAGAGAGGACGAGCAUGGCAAACAAGGAUCCUGGUGGUUUCUUGCAGCAGCUGCGGCAGAUAGCCGGCAGGAUGUCAGCUGGACCUCGUGGUGCUGGUAUCGGUGUGAAGCUGCUGAUCGGAGCCGGAGCUCUGGCGUACGGCGUGAAGGAGGCAACGUACACAGUUGAAGGAGGCCAGCGAGCGAUCAUCUUUAACCGGAUCGGAGGGAUGCAGAUGGACACGGUGCUUUCUGAAGGGCUUCACUUCAGGAUACCCUGGUUCCAGUAUCCCAUCAUCUAUGACAUCAGAGCGACUCCCAGAAAGAUUUCUUCUCUCACAGGAAGUAAAGACCUCCAGAUGGUGAGCGUGUCUCUGCGUGUCCUGUCCCGCCCGCUCGCCUCCAACCUUCCCGCUCUCUACCAACAUCUGGGCAAAGAUUACGACGAGCGCGUUCUGCCCUCCAUCGUCAACGAGGUGCUGAAGAGCGUCGUGGCCAAAUUCAACGCUUCACAGCUCAUCACACAGAGAGCACAGGUAUCUCUGCUGAUCCGCAGGGAGCUGUUUGAGAGAGCGAAGGACUUCAACAUCAUUCUGGACGACGUAGCGAUCACCGAGCUCAGCUUCAGCAGAGAGUACACGGCUGCUGUGGAGGCAAAGCAAGUCGCCCAGCAGGAGGCGCAGCGAGCUCAGUUCUACGUUGAGAAGGCGAAACAGGACCAGAGACAGAAGAUCAUCCAGGCUGAAGGAGAAGCUGAAGCCGCCAAGAUGCUGGGUGAAGCCGUGACGAAGAACCCCGGUUACCUGAAGCUGAGGAAGAUCCGGGCGGCGCAGAACAUCGCCAAGACGAUGGCGCAAUCCCAGAAUAAGGUCUACCUGAACGCCGAGAGCCUGGUGCUCAACCUGCAGGACAGUGACAACUACAAUUUGUCGCUGGCGAGGAAGUAAGAAGUCAUCCCUCCUUCCUUCCCUCCUACCUUCCUUCCUUCCUUCUCGUCUGUCAUCAUUCCUUCAGUUCCACUUCUGCAACGAACGAACGAAAGAACGAAAGAAAGAUAAAAUCCUUCCGGUCCCUCUCGUAACUUUCUCUCGGCCUCCGUCGGCUUCUCCAGUCAGAUCCAAACGUCGAUCUGAUGAAAUGAACCAGUCAGGUUUGUUUUUUUUUACAGGCCUCCAGAAACUGAAUCUUUAAGAGCCGAGGAGUCGAGCUGUUUGGAAAUCCCAAUUUUGAGUUUAAAAAAAAAAAGAAAAAGAAAAAUAAAGAAAGAAAAAGGUUCCUCUGGUGCUGAUGAAGUUUCCCCGAUCCUUCAGUCUUGUUUCUGUUACUCUUCAUCAUCAUGUGAGGGUUUAUAGAAGGUUUACGUGAAGCUGUGAUCAUCAUCAUCAUCAUCAUCAUCAUCAUCAUCAGUUUAUUGAGGGUUAAAGGCAGAGUGCGUCUAUUAUUCUCACCUGAAGCUGCUACACUACUAUAUUUUAUACACAGCUGGUUUAAGUUAUUUGUCUACCAGUGUAAACUGUUUAAAAGUGAUUAUAAUAAAUACGUCAUUCACACCAGGA